GUCGGUAGAGGGGUGAGACUUUCGUGCUCGACGCCGGGCCGUGGACGCUGUGUUCUUACCCAGACGAUCGCCGGACCGCCACCCCCAGCGGCACGCAGACGAGUUCGUCGCCAUGACGACGGUGGACGCGGACUCGGUGACGUCAGGAUAUGAGGAGGUGCGCUCCGACCAGGCGCCGGACGUGACCUGGAUGGUGCUCAAGUAUGAGGGCAGUCAAAUCAUCUGCUCCAGCACCGGAGACGGCUUCGACGCCUUCCAGCAGCACUUCGGCGACGGGGACCGAGCGUUCGGCUACCUGCGUAUCAACACGGGUGACGAGAUGAGCCGUCGGACCAAGUUUGUGCUGCUCAUCUGGCUGGGACCUGACGUCAGCGUGCUGAAGCGGGCCCGCAUGUCCACCGACCGGGCCGUAGUCAAGAGUAUCAUCCAGAACUUCUCGGUGGAAAUCAUGCUGGAGUCGCGGGGGGAGCUGGACCUGGAGUACAUCCGCUCCCGGGUGGAGAAGGCUGGCGGCUCUGUUUACGGCACCGGCAACUGACCUGGCGCGGGUCACAGAUGCCUACCCGACGCAGCCACGGCUGAACGGACGCGGCCACAGCGGCGUCGCAGCCGGGCGGCGGGUCACAGGCGCCCACGAACAAUCCCAGCUGACCUGACACCGGUCACGACAGGGGCCGGUGGCCGGCUCCCGCCGACGUGACGUCACUGCCGGACGUGACGUCUGGUUCCAGCAGGUGUGACGUCAUAACCUGUCUCGCCGCGGGCAGAGGAAAGCUUCCGCCGAUUCAUCGCCUCUGGAGUUAUGGGACAUUGUUCGCCAUCCGCCAUCCGGCGGAGCGCCCGGCCACCGGCCGCGUCGCGGUACUGGUGCGGCCAGCGGGCGGGGUGGUGCGAUGUUUGUCAUUGUAUUGUUGCUGCGCGCGUGGUCGCCGUCACGUGUUCGGUCCCGUGGCAUCGACUGCUGUCAGUGCCUGCCUGCGCUGUGAUGGGUCAGGAUCACGCAUCUUUGCACUGUGAUUAUGCGAGAGCCCGGCGAAGGACGGCGGUGUCGAUGCCUAGUCUUGCCGAUUGCUCGCCAAACAUUUUUUAAGCCAGAAUGGGCCACCCCUAGGCCAUAGGUUUAUGCUGGUGUGCGCCGUCCUAGGCUAUUCCUGUAUUGCUCUUUUGCAUUUCCAUUAUGGAACGCUUUAUUUCGUUUCAUAUGGUAGACUCAUUCCAAGACAAUGCCAUCAUUCCAAGAAGCUGCGAUUUCCUCAGCGUUUGCGUUCGCGAAAGCAUUUUCGCGGUUGGAGGGUUUCCACCUCUGCAACGCGUAAAUUUUAUAAUACACAACGCUAAGCGCACGUG